AUGGCUUUAGCGUUAUCUCUAGCUCUUCCGUCACCUGCCAGAACGCCAUGGAGCCAUCACCCAUGCGUCGCGAAUCGAGCUGCUGAAAAGUCUCGUUCGUCAUUCACGGCGCCGCUCGUUAAUACUAGAAUCCGCCUCCGCCCGUUAAAUGCACGCCCGUGCUUUCGAGUCUCCGCCUCUUCCGCUAACAGCGAUGGUGGUCCUUCCGCGGAAACUUCCUCGGUCCCUUCCGCAUCUCCCACCACGGGUGACUUGAAUGACGUCACGCCGACAUCAGCGGGUCGCGAUACCGAGUCUGGCAAGGACUCGCAGCGGCAAUCAACUGCCACGUCAUCAGUCGGCCGGUCCCGCCGCGUCGCGGACUCGACGGACUGGAUAGCUUCGGCAGUGACGCGUAGGUUCGGCAUCGGCGCGGGGCUGGCGUGGGUGGGGUUCCUGGCGUUCGGCGUGGUGUCGGAGCAGAUUAAGACGCGGCGCGAGGUGUUUCUGGAAGAGAGCAACACGCGGGAUGUGGAGGAUGCCGAGGAGACGGAGCUCCCCAAUGGAGUCCGAUUCACCGAUCUGAGAGUGGGAGGCGGCGCCAUUCCUCAGAAGGGAGACCUGGUGCUCGUCUCCCUUACAGGCCGUGUCUCGUUACCAGCACAAGCCGAAGUUGCUGAUUCAGAAUCUGAAUCAUUAACAUUUAUCGACACCACAGCGCCUGGGGCGCGGGACCUGGUGUUUUCGUUUGGCAUUCGGCCGUUCCCCAGGGGGGUCACAGAGGGGCUGGUGUCGGCAAUGGCGACGAUGCGGGCGGGUGGGAGGAGAAAAGUUUUGGUGCCCGGGGAUCUUGGAGACGGAGGGGGUGGUGUUGGUGGUAGUGGUAGUGUUGGUGUUGGUGUUGGUGGGGCUGUCCUGGACUCUGCUGGAGCUCUGCUGGGGCUCUGCUGGGGCUCUGCUGGGGCUCUGCUGGAGCUCUGCUGGGGCUCUGCUGGGGCUCUGCUGGGGCUUUACUGGGGCCCUGAUGGGGAUCUGCUCUCUUGUGUUGCCAGCAAAGCUGUCAACGUGGCAUGGCAGCUUCAUGUCAUGAGCAAGGCAUGCAAUUCAUCCGAUGCGUGUGUUGGGCUCAGAAGAAGCCUGCAUGUGUGA